AUGAGCUCGCAGCAGCCGUACUACGGUCAGCCAGGCCCUCACGGUGCCCCUCCGCAAGGAGGACCACCACCGAGCGGAUAUCCCCAGCAGCCUCCUUACCAGCAACAGCAGCAACAGCCAUACUACGGUUACCCCCCUCAGCAAGGCCAACCACCAGCAGCGCCAUACCAAGGCGCCCCAGGAGGCGCGCCGCCGCAGGGACAACCAGGCCAGCCGUACCCUAAUCAGCCUUACCCACAGCAGCCGCCGCAACAGCAGCCAUACUACGGCCAACAGCCGCCUCCAGCAGGGCAGCCAGGUCAACCGCCGUACGGCCAGCAGCAGCAGCCGCCAUACGGCGCACCACCACCGCAUGGCGCGCCUCCUCAGCAAGGCUAUGGACAGUACCAGCAGCAGCCGCCAUAUGGCCAGGCGCCGCCGCCGAACCAGCAACAACCCCAAUACGGAGGUGCUCCGCCUCCUCAGCAAUGGGGUCAGCCGCCACCCGGUGCCGCUCCGUACGGCGCCUACAACGUCCAGCCGACACCCGCCUCGCCGGGGUACGAUCCGGCCCAGAAAGCCUGGGUGCAGCCCGUUGACACGUCGGCCGACAUUGAGACUGUGCGCAAGGCGAUGAAGGGCAUGGGGUGCGACGAGAAGGCGCUCAUCAAGGUCUUCACGAGCCCCAAGUACGCCAACCCCUGGACCAUGGCGCAGCUCGUGCGCGACUACAACAGCCGCUUCAUCCGCGACCUCGCCAAGGACAUUGAGAGCGAGACGCGCGGCGACCUCGAGACGACGCUGCUGGCGCUGCUGCGCGGGCCGCUCGAGAACGACGCGCGCGUGCUCGACAAGGCCCUCAACCGCAUGGGCACCGACGAGGACGCGCUCAACGACGUGCUGCUCAACCGCUCCAACGCCGACCUCCGCGCCAUCGUCGCCGAGUACAAGCGCAUCAAGAGCCGCGACCUGCUGACCGACAUCAAGAACGACGUCGACGACACGCUGUUCCGCCUCUACAGCAUGGUCCUCGCGGGCCACCGCGCCGAGGACGCGACGCCCGUCCACCCGGCCGAGAUUGACGCCAAGGUCACCGAGCUCCAGCGCGCCACCGAGGGCACCAUCGGCGUCAACGCCGUCUCGGUCGCUCAGGUCCUCACGAGCAGCAGCCCCGCCCAGAUCCACGCCAUGGCCGAGGCCUACAGCCGCAAGUACCACCGCAACAUGCAGGAGGUCAUCGAGAAGGAGUUCCGCGGCGACAUGGAGGACGCCCUGCUCAACCUCGUCCAGGCCGCCCAGGACCGCGCCCGCGCCGACGCCGCCCGGCUGCGCGAACCGCUGUUCAAGUCGAAGAGGAAGGACACGCUCUUCAUCAACCGCGUCGUUUCCCUCUACUGGGAUCGCAGCCGUCUGGAUGCCGCGAAGAAUGCUUACAAGGCCAAGUACGGCCGGCCGUUUGCCAAGGAUGUCAAGGAGAUGCUGAGCGGAGAUUACGAGAAUGUCAUCCUUGCCCUCAUUGGCGAGAAAUGA